UCAACUUCAGUUCUUCACACACAGCCAAUCCAACCCAGACCAUAUUAAAUCAGUUUCAAAUCUUCAAUCGAACUUCUCCAUUCCAACUUUUUUGUUAUCAAAUCCAACGCACAGAAAAAAAUCGCUUAAAACAUUCUUCCUUUCUCUAGUUAUUAAUUAUCGCAAGAAAUUCUGAAGAAAUUACAAAAGGGAUAUAUUUUGUUUGAACUUUUCUUCACAAAUCUGAGAAUCAUGGAGGCUCUGUGAUGGACAAGGUAUCUGGAGGUAUAUACAACAUGUUUGCCAGGGUUACCUUCCUCCCUACCCUAGCUUAUAAUGUAGCUAUGGAGAGAAUUAGUUCUAGACGAUGGUAUGAUAGAAUAGAUAAAACUGUGAUACUUGGUGCUCUUCCAUUUAGAUCUGCGAAUACAGAGAAGAUGAUAGAGCGGGAACGGAUAAGCGGUGUGGUAUCUAUGAACGAAGAUUAUGAGCUGGCCCUAUUCUCUCAUCAGACGGAAGGAUGGAAAAAACUUAAUGUUCAGUUUCUUCAGCUCUCAACUACAGAUAUAUUUCAG